AGCAUAGACAGUGUGACCGUUUUGUUGAAGUAAGAAAUACAUAUGUCCAUACAUAUACAACGCUUUGUCAGGUCGAGAAUCGUGCAGAGCAUACAUACAAUAUUUUAUUGCUGGUUUUGGUGGUAAAUUUACAUUUGUUAAUGGCCGUGGCCAGACGUGCCAGCUUUUUAACACACACAAAAAAAAAAAACAAAAAAAAAACAACAACAAUGAAAACUGCUCAUCAAGUGUUUUUUAUCUAUUGACUAUCCUCACAUGUAAAAAUAAAUAUUGAAACUAAACCGAAAUGUAUGCUAAGUACGAUAUAGCACAUAAGACUGCCAUUUUGCCGCCGCGCGUGUAUCUGUAUCUGAAUCUGUAUCUGUAUCUGUAUCUCACUGACCAACUACCGCAACUGCAACUGUAACUGCAAGCGCAAACUGCACACACCUCAACCUCAGCAUCAAGCUCAUGUUCAAAUUAUAAACAAAAAGAAAAAAAAAAGAACAAACAAACAAAUAGAGCGCCAUCUAUCGCUCGCUCGCCUCCAUAAAUGCCAACUUAUAUAUCUAUAUCUAUAUAUAUUGUAUUAUUCCUCGUACCGCCUACCAAUUACUACUACCAACAACUACAACAACAACAACAACCACCACCACCACCAUCAACAACCAACAACAACAUUCUACUGCAACUUGGCAAAAGACUCGGCUUUAGAUUCUAUAAAUGAACAAAACAAAGUUUGAAUAAACAAAUUACUAGAAACAACAACAACUAAGUCUCAAGCAGCAGCAGGAACAGCAGCCGCAACAUGCUGAACUCCAAUGCGAAUCAUUCGGGCAACAACCGGCGGCCAUUUUCGCGUAAUUCCUCAUCGGCGCGUUCCCAGCGCGGCCGCAUGGUCUACUCGCCGCAUCCACACGGACAGCAACAACAACAGCAGCAGCAGCGGAAUAACAAUAACAACAACAACAACAAUGGCCUUGUGCCGGGUCAUAGUCCCUGGUGCAAUGUCAAUCUGAAUCGCCACAAUAAUGACAACAGCAACAACAACAACAAUGCCAACAAUAACAAAGACGCAAUCGAUGGCAGAAACUCAAAUUGCGAUGUACAAACAAGUAAUUCUAGCGGUACUUGUAUUUAUAACAAUAGCAAAACGCAUCAUCACAACAACAGCCUUAACCUCAAUCACAGUCGCAAUGCCCCACAAAACAGUCAUCAGUCACAAGCCCAACAUAACCACACACAGUAUAACAGUAACAGUAACAGUAACAAUAACAGUAACAGUAACGUUAAUCAUAACAGUUAUCAUCAUUCAAUUACCAACACUGCACACAAUAACAACAAUUGCACUGAUAACAUUAGCAGCAAUAAUCUGAGUAGUUUACGAACACCACACAACGAAAACCACAAUCCCAAUCAGUGCCCAAAUCCCAAUCAGAACCCAAUUGUGAAUCACGGCUAUCACAGCUAUAUUGAUAUGUGCAACAGUGCGCCGAGUGCGCCGCCCGCUUUUGGUUCAAUGUCCGUGUCCGUUGUUAGACUGAAUCCAGCACGCUUAUGUUUAACUGUUGCCGCCCCGCCCACACCCACGCCCACGCCCAUGCUCAUGCCUAUACCAAACCAAAAUCAGCAGCGCCGUAGCACGCCCCUUGCUCUGCUAUCCUUUCCAGCCAGUCACGAUAACAAUCAUUCCCAUAAUUUCAAUCAUAAUCAUCAAUAUCACAGCACCCAUCACAGCUACAACAACAACAAUAACAACAAUCACCAAACACACCAACACCAACAACAAGAACAACAACAACCGACUAAUCGCCAAUCCCUCCCGCUAACACGUACGAAUUCAAAUUCAACAACCGCAACAACUUUCAAUUCAACCAAUACAACAACAAAUAGUAACCCUACUGAUGUUGUGAAUGUCAAUUCUUGUACCGAUAUAAUUCCUCAUGGGUCGUCUGUGCCACAACAACAACAACAACCACAACGACAACCCCAACAAAUGUGUUCACAACGACAACAACGUCAACGACGAUCUCAAACCCAACAACAACAACAACAACAACUGUCGCCGUCGCCUCUUAUGAUAAACCUCAACCAAUUGACUGAUUCUCAUAUUAACCACGCACCUAUCAAUAGCCAUAGCCAAGGACCUUCCGGCCCACAGGCAGGACCAACGGGCCAUGGGCAUCAUAGCCAGCGCAACUACAACAAUCGCAACGGCAACAACAACAACAACAACAACAUUAUCAUCAACAGCAACACCAACAACAAUGGGAACGGGUUAAGCAACAAUGGCAACAAUCCGGACUAUAUGAAUUAUCGUCGAGCUUGCCCCGCUUUGUCCCGCGACUAUCAGCAACAUCACAACAACAACAACAACAAUACGGGCAAUGGUCACAACAACAACAACAAUCGUCGUCACAAUGGAAACUACGAUAGAAAUCCAAACAAUAAUCACUUUGGCAAUGGCAGCUCGGACCAGGGUCUGGAUCAUAGAUCCGACGGUGGCUAUAGCUUUAUGCGCAACGGCUAUGGUCGGAAUGGUGCACACUAUCAGCACAUGGGCAAUGGCUAUGGCAAUAGCAAUGGUGCCUCCACAUCUGCCGCUGGUCCUGGUUUAAUGGGCGAUGCGCCCUCCGGCUCGGGUUUGUCUGGCUCAACACUGUCGCUUAACAAUGGACUGGUGGGACCUGGUCCCAACGGCCUGAACUCGGACAGUCCAUCGCGCAAGCGUCGCCGCAUUUCGGGACGACCAAGUCAAUCGCCGCCAGCCGUUUGGGAACCGCGACGCUCACAACGUGUCAUGAUGCAACAAGGCAGUCCACCGCUGCGUCGGCCACGCCUGCGUGAUGUGGCCACCUCCACCCAGCAGCAGCACCAGCAGCAGCACCAGCAGCAAUACGCACCACAGAUGCACCACUCGCAGCAACAACAGCAGCAGCAGGCGCCACCCAACUACCAUCCAAUGCAUCAUCAUCAGCCACAGCCGCACUAUGCGCCGCAGCAGCAGCAGCAGCAGGCCCCACAUCCGCAUCCGCAUCCACACCCGCACACGCAUCGCUCACCCUGGGAUUUGGGCGGCAAUGUGCCGUCGGUGGGAAAUGCCGGCGGCAAUGUCGUUGGCGGGCCUCCGGCGAACAGCAGCGUUGGCGCGAUGUUGCAACAGGUACCGGCACCGCCGCAGGCUCCCACGCAUCAGCAGGCAGUGAACGGUGGGCCGCCACCACCGCCACCCGCAUCGGUAAUGGUUGACCUCAAUUUGGCGCUGCGCCAUGAGCCCAUCUGGGCCUCCUUUUGCACGUAUCCGUUGCCAGCGCAGGCGCGUCUGGCGCCCUGCCAUCUGCACGGCAUCUAUACGCAGCCCUUCUCGGCGGCGCCCGCCGGCCUGGCCGCCGCCCCGCUACAGGUGGCCCAGGUGCCGUCGCCCACACAGGUGGCGGCUGCUGCGGCAGCGGCACAGCACAUGAUACAGCAGGCAACGAUUACGGCACAGCAGCAGCAACGCGAUGUGACCGCAAUUGCGGUGGCCAAUUUAACAUUGGCUGAGCCGCCCAGUGCACAUCAUCUGGACGGACAUCAGGCAGCCGCUGCAGCGGCGGCAGCUGCAGCCGCAGCAGCUGCUGCAUCUGUGCCAGUGGGCGGCCAAGCGCCGCAUCCACAUCCGCAUCCGCAUGCACAUCCACAUGCACAUCAGUUGCCGGCAAGCCACAUCCACAUCGCCUCGAUGAACGCCGCUGCUGCGGCUGCCGCACAGCAUCUACAUUCCAAUGCCGCGGCGGCGGCAGCAGCUGCCCAUGUUAGCCAGAUGUCGGCGGCGGCAGCACCGCAGCAGAUAAUCAUAUCGUCGGAGCGACGCACAUUCCCGCCACAUAGGCGUUUACCGCGCUUCUGGCCGGCAAAUCAUGGUCCUCAUCGGCAUGUCCUGCCGCCGCAAUCGUUGGCACCUCAUCAGGCGCCCGUGCAGAUCCAAACCACCGCUGGCAUUAUCAAUCCGGGCUUCUUGCUCAAUUUCCUUGCCAUGUUCCCGCUAUCUCCCUAUAACCAGCACGACCUGAGCUCCGCGGACACCAACGAGACGGAGAACUAUGAGGCGCUGCUCAGUCUGGCCGAGCGUCUGGGCGAGGCCAAGCCGCGCGGACUCACACGCAACGAAGUUGAUCAAUUGCCCAGCUACAAGUACAAUCCGGAAGCACAUAAUGGCGAUCAAUCCUCCUGCGUGGUCUGCAUGUGCGACUUUGAGCUGCGGCAGCUACUGCGCGUUUUGCCCUGCUCCCACGAGUUCCAUGCCAAGUGUGUGGAUAAAUGGCUGCGCUCGAAUCGCACGUGCCCCAUUUGCCGCGGCAAUGCCUCCGAUUAUUUUGACAGUGCCGAUCAUCAGCAGCAGCAGGCGCAGGCAGCAGCUGCCACUGCGGCCACAACCACAAUAGCUGGCAACGCUGCCACGGUUACCAGCAAUCCGGCAGUGACCGUUGCAGCAACCGGCGCCAAUUCGCAGCAGAGUCAGGCCGCUUAGGGCAAUGCUUGCAACAAAGACAACACAACCAUAACCAAACGCUUUCGCCACGUCGUCCAGGUGCAGCAAGUAAUGGAGCACACACGCAUACAUAAACAACAACAAAACACUCACAGAUAGCCUAUUUAAUUAAUUAAUACAACGCGCAACGAAUCCAACUGCCAAAUCGCUUCCCGUUAAACCAGAACACUUCAAUAGCUUGUCGUAGAACUCUACUUAGGCGGUAGUUGUAUGUAAGUAACGGUAAAUGGUUUAAAAACUACAAUAAUUUGUAACAACAAUGUAAUUAUAAUCAAAUAUGCAUACCACCAAGAUUUCAUACAUACAUAAGUAAUGCAGAACAUAAUAUGCACAAUUAUCGAUAAACAUAAUCGAUAGUUUUGUUAAAUGUGUUGUAAAUGAGAAAACUGUAAAACAAAAAAUCAAUUCAAAAUUUACGGUUUUUUUUUAAUGUAGUACAGUGCAAGUUAAAAGAAAACCAAAUUUAAAAACGGAAUCAAUAAUGUAAUUCGGGUGACAUUUUGGUCUCAGCUGCCGCCUGUGCUUAUAUUUUCCUUAUGCAUUACAUUGCAACAGCUCCAUUCAAAACGAGUGCAUACUAUAUAUACAAAACAUACAUUACCUAUACUAAAUGGUGUAUUUUAAAAUGUUGCUGUCCACAUACAUACACACAUAUAUAUUAUAUUAAUUAACACUAUAUCUGCAAAAAAAAAAAGAAAAUUAAAAAAAAAAUUAUAUUUGUACUUGUUUAUGCUUUAUGUUUUCUUAUAUACAUACAUACAUACAUAAUACUUGCAUUGCAUUUUAAUUUUAUACUUACAACAAAAUAUAUAUAAAUAUAUCCAAUUCGUAUUUGUUGAUUUUGAAAGUGCUUGGCGGCCAUGUUGUUUUCAAUAGAGAUAGUACAACAUGGGGGCCUUCGGCUGUCAGAUUCGACACGUACCUAUUGGAAAGUCCUGUAUAUUGUACGAACUGAACCCACUGAAGAAGUUCUUCUUCUUUUUGCACUAAGCAAAGAAAAACACAAACAAAAAAAACCACAAAACAACUUUUUAAAAAAUGACUAUUCAACUCUUACAAUUUUUGCGUUUCAAGUGUUUAACAAUUUUCGUUAUAUUAUUAGUAUAAAUAACUAUUUAAACAAAGCAACUAACUUUGAAACAUAUAAGCAAUCUUUGAAAUCGACUAAAAUAUAAACUAAAAAUAUGAACGUAACGUUUAACAAAACAUUUAUAUAUGCAUAUAUACAAAUUGAGCGAUAACAGAGCAGACAUACAAUUAUAAUAACAAUAAUAAUAAUAAUAUGAAUUUAGACUCGUAAUACAUACAUGCAUAUAAAUACAUACAUAUAUUGGUGGGCUUAUUUAACUGUAUUGUCGUAGACGUGAGCAAUUCGCUAAAUAUAUACAUACAUACAUACAUACGUACACCCGCAUAUAUAGACGCCACUUUUGAGAGAGAGAGAGAGAGAGAGAGCUCCGGCAGCUCCACAGUUCCACAGUAGUUUUGCCUUUUUCGACAAAAAAAAAAACGUGUUUAACCAGGCUCUAUGUUAUAUGUAUGAUAUAUACAUCAUAAUCUACACCAAAAACCUCCUUGAAUUUGAAUCAAUGUGACUUGUCUAUUAAAAGUAGCACGCUGGCCGAGCAUCAGAUGCAUAUAUGUAGUUAUAUAUAUACAUAUAUAUAUAUAUCUAUCUAUAUAGAGUUUUCUUCUAUUAUUAUGGUAUAACUUAAUUAUAUGUAUAUGCAUAAUGUGUACGAUAUUUACAUGCACUUGACUAGCCUGUAAAUCCUUACGGUUUUUAACAAUAUACAUAUAUAUAUAUAAUAAUAACAAUAACAAUGAUUAACAAUGACAAGUAAUAUGUUUAUAUACACUUUAAAAUACAGAAUACAGAAUUACCAAGUAAAUUGAAAUGAUUCCUGCCCUCCAUUCGUAUCAAACCAUUGAAACUAACUCAAAGCGUUUUUUAUAUAUAAAACACAUGUAUGGCAUUGAUUUUUUUGUAACAAAUGCAUAUAUAUAGAGCAUACAUACAUAUAUAUAUAUAUAUAAAAAAAGGAAAACUAUAUACAUAUAAAAUAGAUUAGCAUUUUCCGACAGUACUAAACUAACAAAUAGAAGAUGAUUUGCUUAUAGCGAAAGCUCUUUUUCCUAAAUCUCUAUGCUGUAUUCUGCUAUAAAUAUGGUUCCACAAUUUCCGGUACCCACCCAGAAAAUCAAAGUUUUUCGCAUUACUAUUGGAUCCGUUUGCCAAGUAUUGACAACAACAUGAAGAAGAAGAAUAACGACAACGAUGAGCACUUUUCCUCCUCUUUCCCCCCUGUCCCCCUUGAAAAACAAUAAUGUUUUCAAUCCUUAUAAAAUGCUAUGCAUAAAAGUGAAGAAACCAAAAAAAAAAAAACAAUUCUUGAUACAUAGUAUAUAUUAAUACAUACAUAUAUAUAUACAUAUGUAUGUGUUUGUAAAAUGUGUGUGUAUUUAUUUUAAAUCUACAUAAAUGUAAAUGGUAUUUUCAAAAGACCAUUAUAAAGGUGUUGUGCUUUUCUAGAAUUUUAUUAGUAGAAGAAAAUGUUUAUUUUUUGUCACAAUGAUAAAACAAUAUAAAUUAAAACAGAAACCAAACGUUAUAAUGAAAACAAAAAGAUAAAAGCAAAUAUAUAUAUAUACAUAUAUACAUGGAUAUGAAUUGAAUACCUUUUGUACGUGCACUGACAUACUUACCUACGAGUAUAUAAAUAAAAUCUCAAUCAACCGAACUAAGAAGCAAAUAGCUUAAAUUAACAUUUUUGGAAGCUUAUUUCCCUAUUGAAAUUUUAUAAUUUCCUCCUUCUCUUUCAUAGAACUUUUUUUUACCAACUUUCUCUGGAAUCUACAAUAAUAACGGCACUUUCUAAACUUGAUUGUUUUUAUAGUUUCAAAACACCAACAAAAAAUCAAAAGCUUCUCGUAAAUUAUAUGAAAAAGAAAUAAAAAAGAAAUUAUAAUAUAAAGUUUUGCUGUGAUUCGUGAUGUAGAUGUACGUUAUAUAUAUAUUUAAUUACAUAAAAUGCAAUAAAAAUUCAAGCAUAUAAAAGCAUAAUUAUUCGAAAUUAUUACGUCGAGAACCGAUUUAAAAAAAAAAAAAAAAUAAUAAAAAAAAAUCAAUUAAUAAAAACAUUUUAUGCAUGAGAUCUUCUCCAAACAAUAUGUACGUCAUAAUCUAACAUCACUUGUCUAGAAUUGUCUAGAAUUAUGCAAUUUUAAAUGUGACUAUUAUUUUACAUUUUUGUAGACAAGAACCGAGACACUCUUAAAGUAAUUGUAAAAAUCAGUUAACCAUAGUAUUAAACAAACCUUUUUCAAUGGCAUUGUAAUGGUGAGCGGGCGUUUUUAAUGUUAAUUGCAAUAAUUUCAGUUUUGUUUUUGUAUUAACUCGCAAAAUUUCAAUAAAAUUCAAUGAACGUAAAAAAUAAAUGAAAUCUACCUGAUUUUACUAAUGUGUA